AAAAUCCGAACUGUAUAAAUUUUGUUUCAAGCGUUAAAAUUAUAUUACUGAGUAGAACUAACUACAAAGAAUUCAACUAUCCCCUCCCCUCCACCACCUUCAACCCGUUCAACAUAGAGUACAAUAGCAUCAACUAUCGCCACCAUGUUUUCCUGUGUGUUGUGUUUAGGAAUCACGCGUUACCAACAUUAGAAUGAACAGAAGUGUUCGUCGUUUGUGGUUAGAAUUGUUAAGGGUGUAAAGCUUAGCCAUGAAUCUGGAACUCUUGGAAUCAUUUGGACAGAAUUAUCCAGAGGAAUUUGAUGGUGCUUUAGAUUGUAUAUCAUUGGCUGUAACAUGUGCAUUCAACAAACGAGGAACGUUGCUAGCGGUCGGAUGCAAUGAUGGUCGUAUUGUUAUUUGGGAUUUUCUUACAAGAGGAAUAGCAAAAAUUAUUAGUGCUCAUGUGCAUCCUGUAUGCUCAUUAAGCUGGUCGCGGAAUGGACACAAGCUUGUGAGUGCAUCCACAGACAACAAUGUGUGUAUUUGGGACAUCCUUUCGGGUGAAUGUGAGCAGAAGUACCGAUUUCCCUCACCGAUCUUGAAGGUUCAGUUCCACCCACGUAAUGACAAAAUAUUUUUAGUCUGUCCGAUGCGUCAUGCAGCUGUCUUGGUUGAUACUGAUGGAGACCACCAGAUUGUACCACUUGAUGAUGAUUCAGAUCUGAACAUUGUUGCUUCCUUUGAUCGUCGGGGACACUAUGUAUAUACUGGCAAUGCAAAGGGGAAGGUUCUUGUUCUGUCAACCAGUGAUCUAGUCCUCAAGGCUUCAUUUAAAGUGACACAAGGAACAACAAGUGCAACGGCAGUGAAGAGCAUAGAGUUUGCUAGGAGAGGAGAUUGUUUCUUGAUCAACACGGCAGAUCGUGUGAUCCGAGUUUAUGACAGUAAGGAGGUGCUGACGUGUGGUAAGGAUGGUGAACCAGAGCCUAUUCAGAAGCUGCAGGACUUAGUUAAUAAAACUAUGUGGAAGAAGUGUUGCUUCUCUGGCGAUGGAGAAUACAUAUGUGCAGGAUCAGCAAGACAGCAUGCUCUCUAUGUAUGGGAGAAGAGCAUUGGCAAUUUGGUCAAAAUCCUGCAUGGAACAAAAGGAGAAUUACUCUUAGAUGUAGUGUGGCACCCAGUGAGACCAAUUAUUGCAUCAAUCUCAAGUGGUGUUGUGUCUGUGUGGGCUCAGAAUCAGGUAGAGAACUGGUCAGCUUUUGCCCCAGACUUCAAGGAACUUGACGAGAAUGUGGAGUAUGAAGAGCGUGAAUCAGAAUUUGAUCUGAGUGAUGAAGAUAAAUCUGUUGAGCUUGGCCCUGAAAAACAGGAGGAUGACUUGGAGGUUGAUGUAUCAACAAUAGAACCGGUAGCUGCUUUCUGCAGUUCAGAUGAGGAGACUGAAGAUAUAGGAGCUCUCCAGUUUCUGCCAAUUGCUCCUGAGGUGGAGGACCCAGAGGAAGGAUGGGGUGCACCUCCUGGAACAGCACCCCUUUCUGACAUGCAACUAGAUGACAAGCAGCAGCGCAGCAAUAGCUCCAAGGAAAAUAACUCUCCUGCGCCAAAACGAAGGAAAUUCCGAUCUUUUGACAUUCAACUCCAUGGUGCACCUACUGAUGAACUUCACCCAUUACUGAGCAACAGGGCCAAAGAUAAACAACAGUCUGGAGGAAAGAAAGCUGCUGGUAGGCCACGGACUGACGACAGAAAACGAUCUAAAUGAAUCAAAAUUGAAACGUGUUUAAUAAUUUGUAACAGAUUCUUUAAUCUCGUGGUGGAACGCUUCAAGUCCUGCCCUGCUGUAGUGCCAUGAAGAUGCACAUCGUGUACUGCUUACUCCAACAUCAUAUGAUGGAAAUCUGAGGGAGUGUAACUGAUGAAUAAAAUGUGAAAAUACUACAGUGAACUUCAAAGGAAAUAUUGACAUAAUUGAAUGUAGUUUAGACAAGAAUUUUGAGGUUACUCACUUAAUAAACUUUCCAAGUGUUUCUAAAUAUUGUUAUAAUGAUUCCUAUUAACUUCAUUAGUAAGGCCACAUCCAAGUCUGAAUUUGUUCUGUGAUUCAUGAUGCCACUCAGUAGAAAGUAAAAUAGCAAUGGCUUAAGUUUCCUCUCAAGACAGAAUUCCAAAGUUCUUAAAAAUGAAAGUAAAGGAAAAUGCCAUGUAGGAGACUGAGAUAAAGAUGGCAACAGCAGGUUAGAAAAGAUGUUGCACAUCACAAAUUCAUCCACCAGAUCAGACUGUCAAUCAGCAGUAUUAUACAUGUAUCUACAGAGAAAUUCCUGACAAAUGUUGAAAUGCAGACUGGUUUGUUCAUUGUGAUGAUGCAUACCUUGUAUGUCCAACAUUUAAUGCAUGGAAACAAAAUGGCUGUGGUCCUCCACCCUCCUUACUAUCCAUACUUGAGUCUUGGGCAUUUUUGUUUCCAAAGAUGAAGCUGUUGCUAAACUGCAAUCAAAGGUUGUGUUGCAUAAUAACACUGACUUGUUCUUGAUCAUUUGUUUAUGAUAAUGCAGUGCUGUAAAAAGUGGGCUAAAUUGUGGUUGAGAAGUCAGACUGGUGAACUACUACUAGCAAUUAAUGUGUGUUAAGACUGGCGUACUUCCUGAAACUAGGCUACAGCACUGACAAAAAGAAAACUUCAAUAAUACAGCUUCAGUUGUCUUCAUUCAUUAUGUUAAUAGUUGAUACACUACAUGUGAGAUUUGAGAUAUUUAUUCAUGAUUGUGGUUUUAUGGGUUAUGGCACCCUAUAAUCAUGGAGGUGGUUACCCAUCUUCAUUAAUCUACCCUGAUGAUGGAGGUGAAAGUUGCUGUGAAAUGUAGGAAACCACCUAUAAGAAUAUAUGACAUCAUCCACAAGAUCACAAUCCUGCAAUUUUUCUGUAAUUGUAAGGAAUGGUUGACUCAAAUUGGACAGUGGGAGCACUCCUUCAUUAAUUCAUUCAUUAAGACACAUUUCAAAUCAUCUUAUUCUGUUAUUUCAUUUUUUCUAGUGCAGGGAUACAUAUCAAUAAACACUUCAUCACACAUAAGAAGAGGAGUGGAGUGUUCAUGUUAACUGUGUUGGCCUGAAAAGCAAAAAUAAAGUCUUCUGUCUUACUUUCAUGGUUCACUGGUAUAUCAUACACUGGAACACAGCAGAAUUGAUCAGAUGAAUUGCAUUAUAAGCCAGCUAGUUAAGGUUUAUGUUUGUGGCACUGAUUCCAGAAGGGAACAUUUUCAUCACGGAUCCCUUGUGCCCAAAACAAUAAGAGCACUAGCAUAUGUAGUGAAAUCAUUACAGUGAAAAUGUGUCCCACAUUUCCUAACAUUCAAACUACAAAGUACUGAAAAACUAUGCACUGGUCACUAUUGCUGGGAAGGUUAAAAAUGCUUCUCAAUUAAAGAAUGGAUCAUUGUUGGUAGAACUGCACAAUAAAAAGCAAGCUCAAUUACUGUUA